AUGUCAUCGCUAACCAGCGACGCCUGGAAUUGGCUGUCCGGCGGCCUGGCGAAAGGCGCCGUCGAGGCGUUUCCGCUGCACAAAGCCGCAUUCUCAAAUGAUACUCGCUCGAUUGUGCAGCUUAUCAAGGCCGGACGAAGUCUCGCCGAGAAGGAUAUGCAUGGCAACACGGCGCUUCACAUCGCUACCAUGUUAGGUCAUCGAGAGACGAUUGCCCUCCUUCUCGCCAACAACGCUCCCAUUCGCGUCAAGAACCAAGACGGCUGGAAUCCACUAAUGGAAGCGGUUAGCUACGGCGACAGGCAAAUCAUCACCGAAAUGUUGCGCAAACUCAAAUUCCAGACGAAAGAGAAGAUUUCCGGCGGAAAACCGCAUCUCAUGAAAAUGUUCAACGAUUUGGGCGAUUUUUAUAUGGAAUUCAAAUGGGACUUUCAAUCAUGGAUUCCGCUCCUCUCGCGAAUUCUGCCCUCCGACGUGUGUCUGAUCUACAAGAAAGGCACCAAAUUGCGAAUGGACACCACACUUGCCGAUUUUAGCGAAAGAAAUUGGGAACGCGGCGACAUCACAUUCCUCUACAACGUCGACGCGCCGCCCGACGAGCAGCUCGUCGUGAUGGACAACAAGACGAAGGUGUUUCAGCGCGGACGGCGCGACGAGUCGGAAGCCGAAGUCGACGAAGAAAUCGACGUGCUCAUGUCAACCGACAUCAUCAACGCGCACAUGUCGACGAAAUGCAUCAGCUUCAAGCAGGCCUACACCGGAUGGGUGUUCAAACACGCGAGAGAGGAGCAACUCGGCGAUUAUCCGGUCAACUUCUAUUCGGUUGAAGGUCUCAAAUUGACGACGCGGAAGCGUCGUGAGCAUCUCACCAGCGAAGACGUCAAAAAGAACAAAUCGCUUCUUCAUAGUCUCACGAAUGGCAAAGUGGUUGGCGACGACGAGUUUGUGAGUCUUCAACACCGAAAAUCGCUGCCGCCGCCUGGUCGACUGCCAACGACAUGGGAGGAGUAUAUCGGAGCCGCGCCAGGUGCUCCGCCCCAACUCGGCCGACCGCAAAUUGUCAAGACGAAUGAGAAGCAAUUCAAAGCGCUUGUGGGAAUGAGCGAAGAGUUCCCGUUGUCGAUCGACGUUCUCGUCGACCUUCUCGAGAUCGUCGCGCCGUUCAAACAUCUCGACAAACUUCGCCGCUUCUGCCAAGCGCGUUUGCCGCCGGGCUUCCCGGUGUGCGUCGAGAUCCCGUUGCUGGCGACGAUAUCGGCGAAAGUCACGUUCCAAAAAUUCGAGUUCACCGAGAAAAUCGGCGAGAAGAUGUUCCGAAUACCGGCGUCGUAUCGCGAGGAUCCGACGAGAUUUCCGGAUCUCUAA